AUGGCAUCAGAUUCAGCUCACACUUUCUUCGGUCUAUGGCUUCACAAGUAUCACAGGGAUGCUGGCGUGGAUCGAGAAGAUGCUUCAUCGCAAGAAGGAAUAACUGCUUCGUCGGCUAAGAAGACCGAGUCCGAAGCGGAUGCGAGCACGACGCAGUCACCGAGAGCCGCAUCAAAGGACCAAACCGAAGCUGAAGAGGAGGAGAAGAAUGAGAAGCGGGAGGAAGAUAAGCGGCGAGCCAAUUAUGACCGGCAUCGAAACCCUCUGGCCCGGUUCAGAGCAAGGUAUCUGGACUUCUCCGCCGAAGUCAAUCCCGAGUACGGGGCAUACGAGACGCUUUGCUGGACGCAUCGUCUCGCAACCAUGGCGGAGAUCUAUCUAGCCGGCGGCGUCAGCGGCUCACACGUCAACCCCGUCAUAUCGUUGACCCUCGCAGCAUAUCGCGGCUUCCCUUGGCACAAGUUCAGGGUGUAUCUGGUUGCGCAGUUCCUGGGCUCUCUCACAGCCAACGGUCUUACGUGGUCAAUCUACCGCGACGCUAUCCUCCAGGUUGACCCAGGACUAACGGAGUUCGCUGGCAAAUCCUUCUACAAAGUCCCAACUGAGUACAUCAGCGUCGCAACAGCGUUCUGGAGCGAGUUCCUAGCUAUCGCGGUUCAAGAUGGACACCCUGACGCCCUGAUUAUCGGCUUGGUGGUCACCAUGCUCAAUCUCACGUUGGGACACAACACCGAACCGUCCUUGAACCCGAUGAGGGAUUUCGCAACAAGGCUCGUCGCGUUGAUAGCUGGUUUACGGAACGCAGACUUUCUGGAACUGGUGGUGGAUAGGUGGCUGCUGGGGUGCAGACCUGGCUGGUUCGAUGAUCGGUGCGGCGGUGUACGACAUCUUUAUCUUUAUUGGUGGAGAGAGCUCGGUGAACUACUCGUAGCCUUCGGUGCGGGAGAUAGUCGAGAGACUGAAGAGAGUCUUGGGGUUGGGGCGCAAAGGCUGAGUGCAGCUUUCUGCAAUUUGCUCGAGACGGCAUGCUUCUGCUCGCGACGGUAG